CUCCAUCUGAAAUCAGCUGUUGGACGCAUGUCAGCUGUGCCCGUUUGCGCCGACCCCAGAUUACCUGAUUGAUCUAAAGCGCCAUUACUUAUGUGCUUCCUCUAAGGUGGUCAGAUCAAGCACUGGUAACUGUCUGGUGACUACGUUCAACGUUUUAUGAAGGUAGUCCGGAGUGAUGCAGGAAGAUGAAGGCCGCUUGGAAGAACCGGAUAAAAGCGCGCCGGUUUCUCAUACAGGAAGGAAGAGGAAUGGUAUGCGAAUAAAUCAUCUAGCGUUGAUUGCUUAGAUACGAUCCAUAUGAAAAUAUUGGUUCCUUCUGGAGCCGUGGGCGCUAUCAUUGGUAAAGGUGGCGAAUCUAUCGCUCACGUCCAAUGGGAAACUGGUGCCCGAAUCAAGCUGUCCAAACCGAAUGACUUCUAUCCUGGAACCAUGGAGCGAGUUUGCCUCAUCCAAGGGACCUUGGAUGGUGUCACUCGAAUGCAUAAUUAUAUAAUGGAUCGGAUGUUGGAGAAACCGGAAUGUGCUGGAGCGACGGGUGGACAGACUCUACCAGGAUCUACAUCACUUGCUUGUCCUGUUCGACCGACCACUGGUGGUGCGGUAAUUCCAACGACUGUCGGUACCCCGUCAACUAUUUCUACAACCGGUCAAGCUGAUUUCGGAGCAAGUGGAGCCUGGCCUACGGUUGGCGGCAGCCGUUUGCCAUGGGGACGUCACCAGCAGGUGGGGAAUUAUAUGCCUGUAUGUCUUCGACGCUUAGCCUUGAUUCUGACUGAUCUCGGGGUUGCGGAAUAUGCUGUGCGUAACCGACAACUCUCUUUACUAUUUGACCAUUCUCCCAAGCACCCGUCCUCAUGAGUGAAAAUCCUUGUUCCAAACUGUACCGCCGGUCUGGUGAUUGGCAAAGUUGGUAGCUACGUGAAAGAGAUCAAAGACCGAACCGGGGCAUUCAUCCAAAUCUCACAAAAGUCCAAAGAAUUCAAUUUGAUGGAACGUUGUAUCACAAUCGCAGGUUU